AUGCACGAAAGGUGUGAAAAAUCACAGAAUGGGCAAUAUGGGAAAGAAAGUCUAAAGAAGUUUAGGGACCUGGAAAGGUUGUUCCAGAAUACAGUAUCUAGCAGAAGAAUACAACAAAAUGAAGAAUUCCAAAGAUAUGAUGGCUGGUACAAUAAUCUAGCAAACAGAGAAUGGGGUUCAGCUGGUAGCAGACUGCACCGAGACGCCCGUUCACACUACUCGGAUGGUGUCUAUUCUGUAAAUAACUCUCUUCCAUCAGCACGUGAACUAUCCGAUACAUUGUUCAAAGGAGAGUCUGGUAUUCCGAAUACAAGAGGAUGUACCACGUUGCUGGCAUUCUUCAGUCAAGUUGUUGCCUAUGAAAUAAUGCAAUCAAAUGGAGUAUCAUGUCCACUGGAAACUCUGAAAAUCCAAGUUCCCAUCUGUGAUAGUGUAUUCGACAAGGGUUGUCAAGGAAAGACAGAAAUUCCGUUCACUCGUGCCAAGUAUGACAAAGCAACAGGAAACGGACUGAACUCCCCAAGAGAACAAAUCAAUGAAAGAACUUCAUGGAUUGAUGGAUCAUUCAUUUAUGGAACAACUCAACCAUGGGUGUCUUCAUUGAGAUCUUUCAAACAAGGGAGACUUGCUGAAGGUGUUCCUGGAUAUCCACCUCUUAACAAUCCACAUAUUCCAUUAAAUAAUCCAGCACCACCACAAGUUCAUCGAUUGAUGAGUCCUGAUAGAUUAUUCAUGCUUGGUGACUCUCGUGUGAAUGAAAACCCCGGGCUCCUCUCAUUUGGUCUGAUUUUGUUCCGUUGGCACAACUACAAUGCCAACCAGAUUCACCGUAAACAUCCAGAAUGGACAGAUGAACAAAUUUUCCAAGCCGCUCGUCGUUUAGUGAUUGCUUCGAUGCAGAAGAUUAUUGCCUAUGAUUUUGUCCCCGCCCUUCUUGGAGAAGAUGUUCGUUUGUCGAAUUAUACAAAAUACAUGCCACAUGUUCCACCUGGAAUAUCUCAUGCAUUCGGAGCCGCUGCUUUCAGAUUCCCUCAUUCAAUUGUUCCACCGGCAAUGCUUUUGAGAAAGCGAGGAAAUAAAUGUGAAUUCCGAACGGAAGUUGGUGGAUAUCCCGCUUUGAGACUUUGUCAGAACUGGUGGAAUGCUCAAGAUAUUGUUAAGGAGUAUAGUGUCGAUGAGAUCAUUUUGGGAAUGGCCAGUCAAAUCGCUGAACGAGAUGACAAUAUUGUUGUUGAGGAUCUUCGGGAUUAUAUCUUUGGACCAAUGCAUUUCUCCCGUUUAGAUGUCGUCGCAUCAUCUAUUAUGAGAGGAAGAGACAAUGGAAUUCCUCCAUAUAAUGAACUGAGAAGGACAUUCGGACUUCCACCAAAAACAUGGGAGACAAUUAAUGAGGAUUUCUACAAGAAGCAUACUGAAAAAGUAGAGAGAUUGAAGGAGUUGUAUGGUGGAAAUAUUCUGUAUUUGGAUGCUUAUAUUGGAGGAAUGCUGGAGGGUGGUGAAAACGGACCAGGAGAACUUUUUAAGGAAAUCAUCAAGGAUCAAUUCACAAGAAUUCGUGAUGGAGACAGAUUCUGGUUUGAGAAUAAAUUGAAUGGAAUAUUCACAGAGGAAGAAGUUCAAAUGAUUCAUGGAAUCACUUUGAGAGACAUUAUCAAGGCAACAACUGAUAUUGAUGAACCGAUGCUUCAAAAUGAUGUAUUUUUCUUCAAAGAAGGUGAUCCAUGUCCUCAACCAUUCCAAGUCAACACUACUGGACUGGAACCAUGUGUUCCAUUCAUGCAAUCCACUUACUGGACUGAUAAUGACACAACAUAUGUCUUCACAUUGAUUGGAUUGGCUUGUGUUCCUCUCAUCUGCUACGGAAUCGGUCGCUACCUUGUCAAUCGUCGUAUUGCAAUUGGACACAACAGUGCUUGUGACAGUUUGACAACUGACUUUUUGACUGAUGGAUACACUCAAAAAGGAGAUGUCUACGGAGUCAACGCACUCGAAUGGUUGCAAGAAGAAUAUAUACGACAAGUGCGGAUAGAAAUAGAGAAUACAACGCUGACUGUCAAAAAGCCACGUGGUGGAAUUCUACGGAUUAUUCGAUUUGAACCAGGACAGAAGAUUGAUUUGUUCCACUCAACACCCAAUCCAGAAGCUAUGCACGGUCCUUUUGUGUUGUUGUCGCAGAAGAAUAAUCAUCAUUUGGUGAUUCGAUUACCAUCUGACAGAGAUUUGUCCAAGUUUUUGGAUCAGAUCAGAUUGGCGGCGACAAGCAUCAAUUCAGAGGUUAAUGUAGCUGAUGAACAGAAUUCAGUUCUACUAUCUCAAGCAAUCACAAAGGAACGUCGCCAGGACCGCCUCGACCAAUUCUUCCGUGAAGCAUACGCCAAAUCGUUCAAUGACGACGAACUCCGAGAUUCAGAGAAUUCGUUUGAUUCCACGAAUGAAGAUAUUCUCAAUGAGACGAUCUCGCGUGAAGAACUGGCGUCUGCAAUGGGAAUGAAAGCAGAUAAUGAAUUCGUGAAAAGACUGUUUGCAAUGACUGCCAAACAGAAUGAAGACAGUUUGAGUUUCAACGAGUUCUUGACAGUUUUGAGAGAAUUCGUGAAUGCUUCACAAAGAGAAAAACUUCUAACUUUAUUCAAAAUGUGUGAUUUGGAAGGAACUAAUCGUGUGCUCCGCAAGGAUCUCGCAGAAUUGGUCAGAUCUUUGAAUCAAACAGCAGGUGUCAACAUAAGCGAAGCAAUGCAAAUGAGAAUUUUCAACGAAGUCCUUCAUAAUGCAGGAGUGGGCAACGAGGCCAGAUAUAUAACUUAUGACGACUUCAAUGCUCUCUUCGCGGAAAUUCCAGAUAGACAACCAGUUGGAUUACCAUUCAACAGAAGGGUAUUCCAACCAAGUAUUGGAGAAACUUCCUCACUGAACUCCUUCGCAGUUGUUGAUCGAUCCAUCAACAGUUCUGCUCCGAUGACAUUAAUCCAUAAAAUUUGUGCAUUUUUGGAGACUUAUCGUCAGCAUGUCUUCAUUGUAUUCUGUUUUGUGGCCAUUAACUUGGUCUUGUUCUUCGAGAGAUUCUGGCACUAUCGUUAUAUGACCGAAAACCGAGAUCUUCGUCGUGUAAUGGGUGCCGGAAUAGCUAUAACUCGUGGAGCAGCGGGAGCUCUCUCGUUUUGUAUGGCUCUGAUUUUGUUAACUGUGUGCAGAAACAUUAUUACUCUGUUGAGAGAAACAGUCGUAUCACAAUAUAUUCCAUUUGAUUCAGCCAUUGCGUUCCACAAGAUUGUAGCAUUAUUCGCAGCAUUCUGGGCAACCCUUCAUACUGUCGGACAUUGUGUCAACUUCUAUCACGUUGGAACUCAAAGUCAAGAAGGAUUGGCUUGUCUCUUCCAAGAGGCUUUCUUCGGAUCCAACUUCCUCCCAUCUAUCAGUUACUGGUUCUAUGGUACAAUUACUGGAUUAACUGGAAUAGCUCUGGUCGCUGUGAUGUGUAUCAUCUAUGUGUUCGCCUUGCCUUGUUUCAUCAAGAGAGCUUAUCACGCAUUCCGUCUCACUCAUCUUCUCACAAUCGCGUUUUAUGCAUUGACUUUCCUUCACGGAUUGCCGAAGUUGCUCGAUUCUCCGAAGUUCGUUUACUAUGUCAUUGGCCCAAUUCUAAUUUUCGUUAUCGACCGGAUCAUUGGACUGAUGCAAUACUACAAGAAGUUGGAAAUCGUCAGUGCUGAGAUUCUUCCAUCCGACAUCAUCUAUAUCGAGUUCCGCCGUCCUAGAACAUUCCAAUACAAAUCUGGACAAUGGUUGACUGUUUCAUCUCCAUCAAUUCCAUGCACUUUCAAUGAAGCUCACGCUUUUUCGAUUGCUUCAAGUCCUCAAGAUGAUAAUGUGAAGUUGUAUAUCAAGGCAGUUGGUCCAUGGACAUGGAAGUUACGAAGUGAAUUAUUGAGAGCUCAAAAUACAGGAUCCCCAUAUCCACUGAUUCAUUUGAAAGGACCGUAUGGAGAUGGAAAUCAAGAAUGGAUGAAUUACGAGGUGGCGAUUAUGGUUGGAGGAGGAAUUGGAGUGACUCCAUACGCAUCAACACUCAAUGAUCUAGUUCAACUCACUUCUAAUGAUGCAUUCCAUAGAGUUCGUUGUCGAAAAGUUUACUUUUUGUGGGUGUGUCCGACACAUAAGAACUACGAAUGGUUUGUGGAUGUGUUGAAGAAUGUGGAGAAUCAGGAUAGACAAGGAAUUCUAGAAACACACAUUUUCGUGACGCAGUUGUUCCAUAAGUUCGAUUUAAGAACCACUAUGCUGUACAUCUGUGAGAAGCACUUCCGUGCGACCAACGCUGGAAUGUCAAUGUUCACGGGAUUACAUGCAAAGAAUCACUUCGGAAGGCCCAACUUCAAAGCAUUCUUCCAAUUUAUUCAGAGUGAACACAAAGAGCAAUCCGAAAUCGGAGUGUUCAGUUGUGGACCAGUUAAUCUGAAUGAGAAGAUUGCCGAAGGAUGUGCAGAAGCUAAUCGACAGAGAGAUGCUCCUUCAUUUGCACAUCGUUUCGAGACGUUUUAA